GCGACAAUGCCGCCAUUCUGGAGUGCCGGAACGUCAUCCGGCCUUUGCCGAAGAGCACAUCCAGUUGGGUUGUGAAAUACGCGCGCGGGGGCAUACCCUUUGUCACGGACGGCGCACAACGGCUUUGGUGCAUGUCUUUGUUUCAGGACGGUGGCGCGGGCGGCAGCGAAAGCUCGGGAUCGGGAGCUCCGCCUAAGCCCAACUUGGACUUGUCGUCGAUCCAGGAGGCGGAGGAAGAGGAGUCCCCUCGGAAGGCAAUCGCUGCGAAGCCGUUUGUUCAGGGAGUGAAAGGAGUUGUCCCUGCCAAGCCGGCACCGGAAGAAGGCACGGAGUAA